CUCCCCGCACCGGCCAGUGAGUACACAAAGCCGCGGGUGAGGGGAAGCUCCGCAGGCGUGCACGGAGCAGUGAGAUCACUGGCGUUAUAAAUAUCCCGGUGCCAGCGCCGAGAUCCGCUCGGGUGGCCUCUCUCACUCUCUCUUUCUCUCUCUCUCCCCCUCUCCCUCUCCCUUCCCGGAGGCUAUGUCCACCCAGUGCAGAGAGGGAGGCAGCGCCAGAGGCUCGCAGCAGCGCGGGGGCUACGGAGCCCGGAGCCAGCCCUGCAAGAUGCACUUAGGACCCCCGCGGCCGGAAGAAUGAGCUUGUCCUUGAUCUUCCUCCUCUUCUGCAGCCACCUGAUCCUCAGCUCUUGGGCUCACGGCGAGAAGCGUCUCACUCCCGGAGGGCAACCCGCAGCUCCGAGUAACCCGGGAGACUCCAGCAGCAGCCAGGGCAGAAGUAUCACGACGUCUUCUUCGUCUUCUGCCUCCUCCCCAGUCGCUGCUUCCCCGGGCAGCCAAGGAAGCAGCUCGGAGCACAGCAGUUUCCAGUGGAGCCCUUCGGGGCGCCGGACCGGCAGCCUGUACUGCAGAGUGGGCAUCGGUUUCCAUCUGCAGAUCUACCCGGAUGGCAAAGUCAAUGGCUCCCACGAAGCCAGUAUGUUAAGUAUUUUGGAAAUAUUUGCUGUGUCUCAGGGGAUUGUAGGAAUACGAGGAGUUUUCAGCAACAAAUUUUUAGCGAUGUCAAAAAAAGGAAAACUCCAUGCAAGUGCUAAAUUUACAGAUGACUGUAAGUUCAGGGAGAGAUUUCAAGAAAACAGCUACAAUACCUAUGCGUCAGCAAUCCACAGAACUGAAAAGACUGGGCGGGAGUGGUACGUGGCCCUGAACAAGCGAGGGAAGGCCAAGCGGGGUUGCAGCCCAAGGGUCAAACCCCAGCACGUCUCUACCCACUUCCUACCCAGAUUCAAGCAGUCGGAGCAACCUGAACUUUCCUUCACCGUCACUGUCCCAGAAAAGAAAAAGCCACCUCUCCCGGUGAAACCAAAGGUCCCUCUGUCGCCACCUCGCAGAAGUUCCAGCCCUGUGAAGUACAGAUUGAAGUUUCGGUUUGGAUGAUGCUCAUGUUGGCCGUGUGGGAAACCACUCUUCUGCCUCAGGACCUUCUA